AUGGUGCGCCUUCGCUCCGGGGGAGGCGAGCGGGACUCCGGCUCCUACCGGCCCCGCGCCGGCGCUACUGCGCGGACGGAGCUCCGCCAGCCGACGCCCGCCCGCCCGGGGAGCCAGCCAGCCAGCCAGCCAGGAAGGCAGCGCCGCAGGCGGUGGCGGCGGCGGUGGCUGCACAAAGCCGGCGGGCAGAGGCGGCGACCUGUCGCUCUCGCUCGGCCGAGGCCAAAGGGGGCCGCGCUCGCCCCGCGGAGCCGCUUCUCUCGCCCAGCGGCGGCGGCGGCGGCGCCUGCUCCGUCCCCGAAGGCGCCACCUCUGCGCCGCCGCCUCCUCGGCUGCCUUCCCUCCGGGGACGCUUCGCGGGAAAGGGCGCCUGCGCUGCGCCCCGAGGCUCGCGGCUCUACCUGCGCCAGGGCUCGCCACCUGCUCCACCUGGCCUUACCUGGGGCGGAGGAAGAGGGGUCGGAACAGCGGCGGAGAUGCCUCGCUCCUCCCCGGAAAGCCGACGAGGCCCUUCUGCGUGCCGUCUGGCGCCCUCUCUUGCCCGCGCGGGCGUUGGAGGCGCCAGGAGUCAAGCGAACGGGACAGAGCGCAUCUGUUACUCCGAAGACGUUACUCCGUCGCGGACGUUGGACAGUUACUUCCGAGUGUUGGUGUCCUAGAACAAAGCCAAACUUGGAUGGAGGACCUUCUUGCAUGACCAGGCAUGCUGAGAUGCAUGUGUGAACAAAGAAGAUUUAACUGCAGCUGAUUUGCCCUGUCCAGGAAAGAAAGCAGUAUAUGGCUCAAGUGUUGAGCUCUUCGGCACAGAAGGCAUCCAUCUUCACCCAGUAUCUUCUAUGGUAUGCCAUGGAUCAAAGCAGCAAGGCACAACACAGAUAAGUGCCAGUUGUCUCACUUUCCUGUCUCUGUCAGUGAGCACUGCAAGUUGCCAAGUUUCUCUCUGUCCAGGGCUGUGUAUAGGAGCAAGUAUGAGUCCAAGUGACUAGCACAAGCCGCAAGGAGCAGUUUAACUCAGACUCCAGUAAUGUCCAUGUAUU